CCAUUAUUGUAUUAAUUACCUUGGUCGUUAUUCAGUAUUCACUGAUCAGUAAUCACUACUAACAACUAAGUACUAACUCACCAGUAUUACUCAGUAUUUAUGACUCAUAUUUCAUACUAUUGUCUAUUCAGUUUUCACUGCUCACUGUUACACUUCAGCCGAAUCUCUUUUUAUCGAGUCUUGCCUACAUUACUUGUAUAGUUGUAUACCUACUUAUAAGGUCUUGUUUUCACGAUGCAGAAAAACGAAAACUCCAAAUAUUUCCAAUACAAACAUGGUAACCACGAUACAAACACUAAACAUAACAGCACUCGGACACCACAAAUUAAUAAGUUAAAAGAGUUUAAUCAACCUGGCAAGGACACUAGCGACGCAGGGUCAUUUUAUAGUUGUUUAAGUACACCUAAUAAAGGUUUCGGUGUUAGUUCAACUGAUAAGGAUGCAUGGUAUUACAAUAUGCAUCAUACAAAACGUGGGAAAGCUAUCAUUUUUAAUCAUGAACACUUUCAAGUUAAGAAUAAAAACUUUGAAUCUAGAGCUGGAACUGAGAUGGAUUGUCGUAAUUUAGAAAUAACCUUAAAUAACCUCGGUUUCAGUGUUAUUCCAUAUGAAAAUUUAACGUUGGACGAACUGAAUGAUAAAAUCGACUAUUGGGCUAAAAAAGACUAUACAAAACAUGAUUGUUUUUUAAUGGCUGUAUUAUCUCAUGGUGAAGAAGGAAUAAUUUAUGCUAAAGAUAGAGGUUAUAAACCAGAGAAUAUUCUUUGGGGACGAUUUACUGGUGACAAAUGUAUUACAUUGGCUGGUAAACCAAAGCUAUUCUUCAUUCAGGCUUGUCAAGGAGACCAAUUGGACAGUGGAGUUCAGUUAAGAACACAAGUGGAUGGUCCUUCUUCAUUCAAAAUACCAAUUUAUGCUGAUAUGCUUAUAGCAUACUCUACAGUUCCUAAUUUUGUUGCAUGGCGCAACCUCAAAGGAUCUUGGUUUAUAGAAGCUCUGUGUGAUGCUCUCAAUAAAUAUGGUUAUGUACAUGACCUAUUAACUAUACUGACAUUGGUGAAUCAUAAAGUGGCUAUUGAAUUUGAAUCUAAUUCCAUUGAUCCUAAGAUGAAUAAGAAAAAACAAAUUCCUUGUAUUACAUCUAUGUUAACCAGAUUUGUAAAAUUUGAAAAAGAAAAUUAAUGUACUGGUUACAUACAAUUAACAUGUUACUAUUGUGUAUUCAAUGAGAUGAAUAUUCAUUAAAGUAUUAACUAGUAUAAGAAUACAAAUUAUAAUUUGUAUAAUAAUAAUUCUAUUUUAAUUGAAGCUCAAUUUUCAACAAGAGUCCUUGCCAAACUUAUUGGCUGUUGGUGACUCCGCUCACCACGAAUCGUUAAACACCUAGUGCCACAAAUGUAUUUAGCACACUUAACCUAUGCCUAAAGGAAUUGGGUUUUUGUGUAUACAACUGUGAAUGUUACCUAAAAUAUAGUAUUCCAAUUGUAUAAUGAUAUCUGGGAGCGAAGACACCAACUGCCAGCAUAGGCGCAAAUAGCCAAGUUAUUUUGGGGGUCUAAAAUUCCUCCCAUAAUAU